GCAAUCUGGGAGCAAAGCAGGACAAAUCUGGGCCUCUGAAGGAUCAACGGCUUUCAAGUGUCUCAUCUCAGCCAGGUUCUGUGCAGCUCUCCUAAGCAACAUCUCUGAUUGUGAUGAGACCUUUAACUACUGGGAGCCUACACACUACCUCGUUUAUGGAAAGGGGUUUCAGACAUGGGAAUACUCUCCAGCCUAUGCCAUCCGCUCUUACGCUUACCUGUGGCCUCAUGCCUUACCAGCUUUGUUCCAUGCCAGAGUGCUACCAACCAACAAGGUAAAUCAGAUGUUCUUCUAUUUCCUCUGAUUCUCCCUGGCCUUCCUGAGCUGCAUUUGUGAACUCUACUUCUACAAGGCUGUAUGCAAGAAGUUUGGGCUUCAUGUGAGCCGGCUGAUGUUGGCCUUCUUAGUACUCAGCACUGGGAUGUUUUGCUCAUCUGCAGCUUUUCUCCCAAGCAGUUUCUGCAUGUACACCACGGUGAUUGCCAUGACUGGCUGGUAUAUGGACAAGACCUCUGUAGCAGUGCUGGGAGUGGCUGCUGGAGCCCUUCUGGCCUGGCCCUUCAGUGCAGCUCUUGGGCUCCCUAUUGCCUUUGACUUGUUGAUACUGAAGCGGAGGUGGAAAAGUUUCCUAAACUGGUGUGUGGUGUCAUUGAUCCUGUUUUUGGUGCCAUUGGUGGUUGUGGACAGCUAUUACUAUGGGAAGCUGGUAGUUGCACCUCUCAACAUUGUUUUAUACAAUGUCUUCACAUCUCACGGACCUGAUCUCUAUGGUACAGAACCCUGGUCCUUCUAUUUCAUCAAUGGCUUUCUGAAUUUCAAUGUGGUAUUUGUUUUGGCGCUGCUUGUGCUGCCGCUGACCUGUCUCAUGGAGUGUCUGCUUCAGAAAUUUCAUGUUCAGAAUCUGGGCCGUCCCUACUGGCUGACGCUAGCUCCUAUGUACAUUUGGAUCAUGAUUUUCUUCAGUCAGUCCCACAAAGAAGAAAGGUUUCUCUUUCCCAUCUAUCCCCUCAUCUGCCUGAGUGGUGCUGUGGCUCUGUCUGCUCUUCAGAAAUGUUACCAUUUCAUAUUCCAGCGCUACCGCCUGGAACACUACACGGUCUCCUCCAACUGGCUGGCUCUGGGGACUGUCUUUCUCUUUGGCCUUUUGUCACUGUCACGCUCUGUUGCCUUAUUCAGAGGCUACCAUGGGCCCCUGGACCUGUACCCAGAGUUCCACAGAAUUGCCACUGACCCAAGUAUUCACACGGUGCCAGAGGGGAGGCCGGUUAAUGUCUGUGUGGGAAAGGAGUGGCACAGAUUUCCAAGCAGCUUUCUCCUGCCAGAUAGUUGGCAGCUCCAGUUCAUCCUGUCAGAAUUCAGGGGCCAGUUACCAAAACCGUUUGCCAAGGGACCGUUGGCUACGCGAAUCAUUCCCACUGACAUGAAUGACCAAAACAAGGAGGAGCCAUCUCGAUAUAUUGACAUUUCCAAAUGCCACUAUCUGGUAGACUUGGAUACAGCAGCUGAAACUCCAAGGGAGCCGAGAUAUUCCUCCCACAAAGAAGAGUGGGUAACCAUUGCCUACAAGCCAUUCCUAGAUGCUUCCAGGUCCUCAAAGCUGCUGCGUGCAUUCUACGUCCCUCUUCUCUCAGAACAGUACACGUGGUAUGCAAACUAUACCAUUCUGAAAUCCCGGAGGUCGAAGCAAACCAAGAAAAAAAUGGGAGCCUAGCAACACACCUGGGCAACAAAACCAAAAGCAUCUGCUGACACUUUUGGACAGCUGCCUAAGCCAUCUUCAGUUCCUUUUUAGAAAGAUUGUGCUUGUAAGAUUCACUAAUAAAUAUUUACCAUGAAGUGAUUUCACUCUGC